AUGGCCAGGGCCAAAACUACCGCGGAUGGGCGGCCAAGUGAGAGUGAAAGUGCCACCGUCAGUGAAACUGCAGCAACCGCCGAUGCACAGGACGAUCCAACGGAGAUGGACGAAGACCAGGCACUGUUGAUGCAGGCUUUGGCCAUGUCGAGGGACGGGGACGCAGUGACCGCAGAAGAGGCUGAGGAAAGCCAGGUCUUGAGUGACAUGACUGAGGAGGAGCAGAUUGCUUUGGCUAUGCAAAUGUCCAUGGCACCGGGUGACACUGAGAACUCGCUCAAUGACGCAAACACCGACGCCGAUGGCGACGAGGAAAUGACCGAUGCAAUGCAGAAUCCUGAAUUCCUGUCGUCUGUCCUGGGAUCUUUGCCUGGUGUAGAUCCAUCAGAUGAAGCUCUGAUGUCUGCCAUGGGAAUAGACAAGGCCGACAAAGAGGGUAAAGAUAAUGAUGCAGAGGAGAAGAAAUAG